AUGACUGGAUCUGGAGUGCUUGACGGGGCCAAGAAGGUUGGCAAUAAGAUGGCAAUGGGCGUCAUCAACGCCAUAGCCGGUUCACGUGUAGCCACCUCGGGCAGUGUAGACGGCGUCCCUGAUGAUUUCCCUCGGCCCUCGAAAGGCGGCAAGUGCCCGCCGCAUCUGUUGAAAAGAACGGCCGACAAGGAGGCGGAUAAGGAGAGCGUGGCGACCAACGAGGAAGUGAGCGGUGACAAGAAAUAA